AUGCUUGAAAAAGCAGUCCUAAAAGAGUUGAAGCCUUGUGAUGAUAAUUUAAUACAAUUGAAAAUUAGGUCAUAUGGGGGAUUAGAGUUUCCAAACUGGAUUGGAGAUCCCUUGUUUCUUCAUUUGAAGCAUGUGUCAAUAGGGGGUUGUAAGAGAUGUACAUCCCUACCGCCACUUGGGCAGCUACCGUCUCUCAAGAAGUUGGUUAUAGAAGGCUUAUAUGGGGUGGAAGCUGUGGGUUUUGAGUUAUCUGGGACUGGUUGCGCAUUUCCUUCACUUGAAAUUCUGAGUUUUGAUGAUAUGCGUGAGUGGAAGAAAUGGUCAGGGGCUGUGUUUCCAUGCUUGCAAAAGCCUCAAAUAAAUGGUUGUCCUAAUUUGGUUGAAGUCACACUUGAAGCAAUGCCUUCAUUGAAUGUUCUAGAAUUAGAUAACUGUGACAGUGGUGUGUUGAGAAGUCUGGUUGAAGUAGCUUCAGCAGUCACCAAGUUGGAAAUAGAAGAUAUAUCAGGGCUUAAUGAUGUGGUGUGGGGAGGUGUUAUAGAGUAUCUUGGGGCAGUUGAAGAAUUAAGCAUACAGAGCUGUAAUGAAAUAAGGUACCUGGUGAAAUCAGAUGUAGAUGCAAGAUUCUUGUGA